GGCAGGACGUGUUUCUCUCUUUUGGCGCGCUUUUGCACUUCUCAAUUCCAGUCUUGGAAAGCUCUCUGUCUCGUCUCGCUGUUUAUGUGUUGUUUUGUUCUGACUUGCCAAGUAAAAAAGGCUCUUCCUGUGUUUCUUCUUGUUCCGACAAUAUUGCGAACAGCUGUUCCGUUUUUUUUUCUGUUAGAACCUAUAUCAAGUGUCAUACUUAAAAAGGCCAGUAUCGAACCGCAACGGAAGCCGGUUCCGCAAGUGUCAGCUUUUGAAACGAAAUGUAAACAAAGUAGUGUUGGGAGGUUCGCAAAACGAUCUAGUUUGUCGGACUCCACCAAGCGGAACUGCGGUGACUAACAAGUGGCAACCCGACGCCACCCGACACCCAACUGGCUCAGUCAUGUGCUCGUGUUUGUGUAUUAUGGAUUCUGAUUACUGUUAUUAUCGUUUCAAUUAGAUCAAUUUGCGCCAACUUCUGUGGUAUUGUUGGGGACGACAGCGCGGUUGUUGAUGUUAUUUAUUGUAGUGACUGUGUGAAUGUGAGAGUGCUUGCUCUCUAUCGUUUGAUCCAAUAGCCCCGCUAGCCAAACUAAGUGCACGGUUGCUGAGUAGUGAUACAUAAUUGGAAAAUUGGUGUUUAUGGUACAAGUAUGUUUACCUAAAAACCAUACAAGCACAAACAAAUGCGAGCCCAAAGCCGGGGCAUAUGCGCAGUGCAGCAGAGUGGUGAGAAAAUCUCAACAAUUUGGCAUCUAGAGGUUACAGCCAGCCAGCCGGCCAGCCCUGCAGUAAACCCAGUUCGCGGUGUAUGUCUAGCCAAGGUGAAACUUGACCACCUCGAGCACUCUACAUCAAUAUUAAUUGUAAUAAUAGCAAACAUUAUAAGCGGCAACCAGUAAUCAGUGCGCAGUGCAUAGAACUUCUGAAUCGACCGGCCGCGCCGCCGCCGAGUUGAGAAAGCUUGUAAGUUUUGAAUCGAUUUUGUGCAUCCAUGCAGAACCUUGGACUAAACUACUUUGUUGUUAUGACGGCACCGUCGAGGGCAGGCUAGCUUCCGGUGUCUAUCAUGAACUGGCCCAUUGUAGAGCUAAUCUCCACGGUGUACUAGCUAGAAGAACUGCAGUUGCUGAAAUUGUUACUUUAUUAAAAGUGUUAGAUGCCUAUUGCGAACGCAAUCGCGCUGAAGCUGUUUUUGCGAACACAUAAGUGCACUUGAUUUCAUCCGAUUUAAAGGUUUGGUUCCCAUAUUUAAACUAAACUUUCUCACCCCCUAUGACAUGAUCACAUAACAUAAGAAGCUUCGAAACUCUUAUCCUUCCAUGAUAUCGGCACCAGUGAAUCGUUGUUAAAAGAAAACUUUGUACCAUCAGUAUGGGUUUUACGAAACAACCCCACGGAACGCAGGAACAUGGGUGUAUCGAUGUGGCUGAGUAUGAUGUGUGAGAUUUUGCUCAGAAGUCGAGCCGGGUUCGUGUCGAAGAUGAAAUGAGAAAGAUACAAAACAUUCAAGUGAGCAGACACUUUUCCAGUCCGCACGAUUGUUUGAUUAUGUAAAUUAAAUCAAAUAACUACCCAUUAGGGCCAGUAUUAAAAUAGUUAAUGUGUACCAGUAAUAAUUUUACGCCAAGCUCGAGUGAUAGAGUGCCAGCUGUGACGCCUAUGUAUGUUCAAACAAAUAUUGGUACUUCGUUGAUCGCGGGAAGUGCGAAAACGGGCAGCCGUUAAUAAUUAAUAAAAUACUAAUGAGACGUAUUUGGCGGUAGACAGGCAGUGAAAUAUGCAGGCGUGAAAGCAAAAGUGACACUUUAGGCUGAUAACUACCGGUUCGGUUGCAGAAGUGUUGAGUUGGGUCUCUCACUAAGUGUGUGUUUGUGUAAGUUUGUGUGUACGCGCGCCUUAAGCCCAGUUGAACUGGAACAAACCAGUGACAGUUGACUAAGUCACGAUUAUCACGUGCUGAUGUGGAAAAGAGUGGCCGCUAGCUUGCUUGUGCAGAAUUUAAAUAGAGUAAUUAAUGCGCGAGGAUAAGGAAAGGAAAAAAAUGCAGUAAAUCUUUCUGCCGCGGACAUAGGGAUCGUUUUACAGCCAGUUGGCGGUUUGCCUUUCCGUCUAAGCGAGCCAAACCCGGCGAGGAAAAGGGGUCAUUGAAGAAGUUCGGUAUUUACAAGUGCAAGUGCAAGUGAGCGGAAGAGUUGUUACGGCCGGUUGGCAGCGUGCUGCCCCAGAACUAGGGCUUGGCCUUCUGGAUUAUGCUGUUUUAGUAAGUACCAGCCGCUGCGCUGACAACGCGUUACCUUGAAUGGUGUGACUUGUAGAGUUCUAGUUUUCAAUAAAGCUGGCGCGACUAGAUUAGCAGUGAUUGUGCGCCACCGAUUGGCGUUCUAUUCCGUGUCGUGCCCCUGGAGCCACGGUGCUGCUGAUAAGUGACUGUCGUUGUUGUGGCUACUGCCCAGCUCCGUAAGGCUGUAGGGUAGCGCAAAGGUGGACACAACAACUCGUCAGUGCCGGCUGCUGCUGCUGAGUCCGCUGCCCCACCGAGGCGUCCUUCUAGCCCACAAAGGAGAAGGAUUAUCAUUUUGAUACGGUGUACUGGAAUUUUAAUGGUUUACAUGAAUGGACUUGGCAAUGACCCUCUGUCUGCGAAGGAGGCAGAGGGCCCACCAGUCCAGCUGGAACCAGUCGAUCUCAGCGUUCGUUCGCCCCCAAAAGAAACAGCAGCAGCAAAAUCCCCCACCGCUUUACGUGUCCGCAGCGGCAUCCUGAAACGGCCUCCACCGCCACUAAUCUCGGCACCGCACCUGCUAGCGUUAAGGCACAAAACGAAAGACUUAUUCUUCUCCAUCAACAACGAUGCCAGUAAGCCCCACUCGCCAUUCACUGCCAGUCAUCUGUUUUCGUCACUGUGCGGGAACACCAUCAUCAGCAAUAACAAUAACAACAUCGAGGAAGAUGCCUUAGCCAAUAACAAUAACAACAACAGUAGCCUUAUCAAUAACAACAACUAUCUUAGCGAUGAAUCGAAAACAAGUACCUUACGUGAAACGUAUCCUAUGUACAACUAUUGUGUUCAGCAGAGUCCUACGCAGCUGUUUCCGCCGUUUGCCACUGGUGCCUUCAGCCAUCACACCCAUCUGCAUCGUUCGCACGCGAUGUCCCCCCAGGAUAUCGGCCGCCAUACACCCCCACACACGUUUCUGGAUCUCCAACAGCCACAGCAGCCGUCUGCCCUGCAACCAGUGCCAGUACUAAGUUCCAAGCUGAUGCCGCCAAUUCCGCUGGCCGCUACAAUAGCAAUUGCCUCCAGUUUGCCCAAAAGCCAUCCGCUGAGCGAAUCUGCCACUGCAGCUGCGGCGUUUCAUCGGUUACUGCAACCUUCCUCCUCGUCGGCGGCUGGACUUUCGGUCAGUAGCGCAGCAGCAGCCGCAGCCGUUGCCGCUGGGCGCGCUCUUCUCGAAGCUCGACAUCACAGCAGUAGCAGCAGUCCUGACCGAAUCAUCAAAUGCGAGCGAACGGAUUAUUCUCUCUCGCCCCGUUUACCACCGGAUAUCGGAAGUGACGGCGGAAAAAGCACAGCCACGAAAAACAGAAAAAUACAUCGAUGUGAUGCCAACGGCUGCGAUAAGGUGUACACAAAAAGUUCCCACCUGAAGGCGCACAAGCGGACGCAUACAGGUGAAAAGCCGUACAUCUGCACCUGGGAAGGUUGCGUCUGGCGCUUCGCUCGGUCCGACGAGCUGACGCGGCAUUACCGGAAGCACACCGGCCUCAAACCGUUCCGCUGCAAAUUGUGUACUCGUUCCUUCAGCCGUUCGGAUCAUCUCUCGCUGCACAUGAAGCGGCAUUGAGUGCGUCACGGUUUCUAGCCUAAUAGAUAGAUACAUCCACCAGUGAAACAUUACUCCACUACUAAACCUUCCCCAUCAGCCACUGUGCUAACGUGAAUCUCAUUUUAUUGUAAUUUGUCUCUCUUUCACUACUCAUUUUUUACCUUGUGCUCUAAGUACUUGGAAGAACAAUUGUUUCUGUUUAGAUUUAAGUUCCUGUUCAUUCAGUGAUCGAUCGAGAAAAAGGCGUCGCUAGAGGCUUUUGGCAGUUUGCAAUGAGCAGUUUCUAGGGGAAAUUUUUUGUCUCUCUUUGUUAUAGGCAAAUCACUAUUUAAACAAGAUUUUUAGUUAUUUCUGUGAUUCAAUUCAAUUUGUUAUUAUGAUCAAGUUAUUAAAAGGAAUGUUGGGGAGCCAUCCACCAAACUCCUUAAACACCAGCUAAUCGUACUUUUUCCAUCAUCUCAUAACCACCUUAAUGUACAAGGAGAUUGGUUCCUCGUUGGGAAUAUUUAAAAGACAGAUAGAGGGCCCCAUUUUAUGAAAAAACGUUGAUGAAGUAGCUCUAUCCUUAAGUGCAUACCAUUUAGAGCAACUCUAUCGGUUUCAAUUGAUAACUCAGAAAAUUUUCCACUAGAUACGGCUUUUAUGUGUUCAAAUAAAUGUAAAAUACAGGUCGGACUCGAUUAUCCGGAGACUCGAUUAUCCGGGGGCUCGAUUAUCCAGAGAAAAUGGUUCGAUUAUCCGGAGUAUUUUUUGUUUCUGUAUUUCGAUACCGUACUUUUGUCUCCCGGGUCAUUGGGAGGUUCGGGGUUGUUCAUAAUUGCAGCGGUACAAGCCCCGUUACACUUACGCAGUUCGUUUCUGGCAGCAUUCUCGUCGUUCCUUCAACCAAUUAUUACUCAAUAACCUCCAAAUCAAGGUAUUAUGGUUUUUCGUUGCCAAUAAGGACAACCGCUAUUGGUAAACCGGUUUCGGGAUUAUGGUAGGAACAUAUUCCUGUAAUAUAAUGGCCAUGAUCAUUGCAGUACUUAGAACCACAAGCAGGCCUGUCCCGGUUCUGUUCCGGAUACUCUCGGAUUAUUGAACCAAAACUCAUCAAGCGAAAUUAAUAACGACUUGAAAUCCGCAAAGUAGUCCAUAUCGAGCGUCUAGGUCGUUAUAGGUCACUCAGGAAAUGGGAAAAAACAUGAGUGUUUGUUUUUACAUCUUCGAGAUAAUCAAUAUAACAUAAUUUAUUAUUACGUAUAUAUGUAUAACAAACGCCGACAAACAGUCUAAAGACAAUUUUUAAUUUUUUUCGUCGGCACAUGCAUUGUAUACAAUUUAUUAUAAUAGAAAACUCACUAUCCCAGAAGACAGAUGAUAAAAAUUUGAAUGACAAAAAUGGCUCGAUUAUCCGGAAGGUUCGAUUAUCCGGAGCGAAAUGUUUUUCAAAACUCCGGAUAAUCGAGUCCGACCUGUAUAACAUUUUAGAAGCAAAACUGUUCAAAAGUAGUGCUGUUUUAAACGUCUUUAAUGUUUUCUCACAAAAUAAAACGAAGUUAAUACUACUGCUUUGUAGCGCAAGAUAAACGUUUUUAACCGCUUUACGGUAUAGACACUAUAUAUAUUAGGGUGGGGAAUCGUUAUAUGGAAAAAACGAAACUUGAUAGCAGAAAGCCAGAACCAAGUUUUAUUUGUUCUAUUUGGAGCCCCAAUCCUAAAUUUAUCGGAAGUCGAUUGGUUUAGUCUCCGCUUGGCGCAUCGCAUUUCAAAUUUAUAUGGAGAUUUGUUUGGAAAAACCAACGUUUUUGCAUUUUCCAUUCUAAAGAACUCAAAAUGGCUCAAACCAUAGGUUUCAUAACUUCAAAUGGUAGGUUUUUUGAUGCCUAACAACUUGGCCGAAGACAUCAAAGAGCUAGGGUGUCCCAAAAAAAUACUGGAGCUGUUCAAAGUUGAGAAUGUUGAAAUUUAUGUUGCAAAUCAUUUUUUCUGCCAACACUGCCAGUGUACCGGUGUCAGUCAGACUUCCAUCAGAAGUACCCUCUGAAACACGUUAUAGAUUCCACCUACGACUAGAAUAUUGACCUGACUUUGUUUGUUUGAUCCAGCUGGGUGUAUAAACUCGUUACGACAGGUUAUUUCUGAUGAGAAUUCUACUAGCGCCGGUACAUUGGUAAUGUUGGCAGAAAACAAGAUUUUCUGCAUUUAAAUCGACAUACUCAACUUUGAACAGCUAUAGCUCUUCUUAGGGACAUCCUAGCUCUUCAAUGCCUUCUGCAAAGUUGUUAGGCAUCUAAAAUACAAUACUUUUACAUAAUGUAGUGCAUUAUUAGAUCACUAUUGAGCUCUCUAGAAAGGUAAAUGCAAAAAAGUAGGUUUUCCCAUAUAAAUUUUCAUACAAAUUUGAAAUGCAGUGCGCCAAGCGGAGACAAAACCAAUCGACUUCCGGUAAGUUUAGGGUUGUUUGGGGCCCCAAAAGGAACCAAAAAAGCUUGGUUCUGGAAAAUCGAUUACUUUUCCCCACCCUAAUAUAUAUAGACCUGCGAAGUGAAUGGCAGCAACACUGGCAUCGCUAAUUUUUUUAUAUUGUUGUUAUUUGUACAAUACAAAUUUAACAUUAUGUUCUUUUUGGAUCGCUCGUUUGACAGUUGUUUUGGGUCGCAGCGAUUCAGUCCGCAGGUCUAUAUAUAGUGUCUAUACUUUACAGUCUGUUCUUCGACACCCACGCUCUCUAUCUGCCUGCAUCAAUAUAAAACUGGUAAUCAAUCCAUCAAACUAAGCUGCUGCGUUAAAAUUGAAAUUUCUCCAAAACUAAAGCAGAUAGAAAAAUGCUGUCAAAGAACGAUCUGUAGAACGGUCAAAAACGUUAAAUUUGGGUUCAAAAACCAAUAAUAAAGGGUGCUUUUUUAAGAAUUUGGUUUUUCUUUUAAAAAAACGCAUUAAAAUUGCAAAACUGUAUGAAAUUUUUAUUUGAGCCGAUACAUUGGUUUAUGCCAUUCACUUUUUAAAGAUAAUUUCAUUCAAAUGUUGGCCACGGCUACGUUUCAAAUGGUCCAUACGAAAAGUUCAAUUUUGGGUCACUUUUUCGAGCAUUUCGGCUGGUAUCUCGUUAAUAACGCGUGUAAUGUUGUCUUCCAAGGCUGGAAUUGUUGUUGGCUUAUUCGCAUAGACGAGAGACUUAACGUAGCCCCACAAAAAAUAAUCUAGCGGUGUUAAAUCGCAUGAUCUAGGCGGCCAAUUCACCGGUCCAUUUCGUGAGAUGAAUUGCUCACCGAACUCAUUCCGCAAUAUGUCCAUUGAUUCGUGCAACGUGUGGCACGUUUCUCCGUCUUGCUGAAACCACAUGUCAACAAGUCCCAGCUCUUCCAUUUCCGGCAAAAAAAAAACAGAAAUCAUCGCGCGAUAGCGAACCCCAUUGACCGUAACGUUGCGGUUUUGAUCAUCUUCGAAGAAGUACGGACCAAUGAUGCCUCCAGCGUGUAAAACGUGCAUUUUUCUGGGUGCAUUGGUGAUUCUUGUAUUGCCUCUGGCUGCUCUUCGAUCCAAAUGCGGCAAUUUUGCUUAUUAACAUACCCAUUUAACCAGAAAUGAGCUUCGUCACUGAACACAAUUUUUCGGUAAAAAAGUGGAUUUUCGGCAAGCGUUGUUCAGGCAUUAUUUUUGGAUUAUUUGUAAGCGUCGUUUAGGCGUAUGUCUGUUCAUGGUGAAAUGGCAAAUCAAACUGAGUACAUUAGACUUUGACAGCUGUCAGAAUUCCCGCGUGAACUGUCAAAUCUGAAUACACGAAAAACCAAAUAGCAAAAAAUCACCCUUUAUAAUCGACGUUUUUUUGUGAUAAAAUAUAUAAUAAAUAAAUAAAUAAAUAAAUAAAUAAAUAAAUAAAUAAAUAAAUAAAUAAAUAAAUAAAUAAAUAAAUAAAUAAAUAAAUAUCAAAAUACGUUUUAAACAGCGCUACUUUCAAACAUAUUAGCUUCCAGAAUGUUAAUUUUUACAUUCAUUCAGACAUGUAAAAGUUUUAUCUAGAAGAAAAUUUUCUCAGCUUUCAAAUGAAACUAACAAAAUCGUUCUCAGUGGUAUAACCCCAAAGUUAGAGCUACUUUAUGGAAGAGUAUCCAAGAAACUUCAAAGUGGAAUAACUUAGGUAUAUUAGCGCCUAGCGUUGAUAUACUUAAUAACUUAAGUAUAUUAACGCUAGGGCAUUGGGGAGAAAAAAAUUUUUCAUCGAAGCUAGCCCUCUAUCAACCCCUGAAAUAUUUCCAACAAGAAACCAAUCAUCUUGUAUGUUCACCUACUGAAUAUUACUUUACCGCAAAGUAUUAAACACAGCACCUUAUACUAUAAAAUUUCAAAAAAACAUAGAACAGCUUCCGUUUCCACGAAAAACCACCGGGUGGAUCAGUGUUCUUUGAAGGGUUAUUUUUUGCGAGUUUAAAAGGUACGGAACGCAAAGCAUCAGCUAAACGUAUUCCACUUCCAAAAUCAACUCAAUCGUACGCCUCCUUGAAAUUCACAAACAGAUUUUUACAAUGCGAAACAGGUGAUCACUCACAAAAAUGAGUAACGUCAUGCUCCAAUUUAGUCGAUGAUCCUUUUACAAUCAUUUCCACAACUCUUUCCAGACGACUGUUGCUUUGUGGAAUACUUUGU